GUAUCAUGUAUAACGACGAUAUUUCAGAUAGUACCGUAUAGGCUUGUUGAAUAAAAAAACGAUGUUAAUGUGAAUCGCGGCCCUAUGGCUGUUUUGAGGUAACGUUAGCUGAGGUAAAUGCUAGCCGCGUUAGCUCGUGAGAGACGCUGGACAGACCAGUGGACGUAUUUAACGUUUUAUUAAACGUUUAUUCACAUGUACAGCUGUGGGUUUUAUAGAAAAUAUUGGUAUAAUGAUUUCAAGUGAUUCUUAAAUUGUGUUAGACUAAACUGAAGCACUCUGGCUGAAUGUAACGUAAGGUUCAGGUUGGUGUACGGCGUGAAUGUGACUCGCGCUCGACCGCUAUGCAUAGAUUUAUUACAGAAUGACUUGUUACUUAAAUUAAACGACAUAGCCACACUUACAACAGCAUGUCCAGGUCACCCUCUUUGCAUAUUUAAGGAUGUAACGUACGCAUUUCCAUGCGACUAUAGUGAACUAACACAUGUUGAGCCGGGUGUCUGAUGUGCUUCAGUGUUGGAAAAUGUGAGACAGAUCUCACUUCUGUCUCAGUCACCUUGUAAAAACUCAUCUUGUGUUGAAGCUGUCAGCUCAUCCCUCCUUCCCUCUGCACAUGCAGUUAGCUUAAAGUCAGAAGUGAUUUGGGCGAUCUUUGGGCGGUGGAGGAGUUCCUGGCCGAGCUGAGGUGUCUGGAACAGUCUCAAAAUGCAGAUCUUGUUAGUCAGAUGACAGCGGUUAAGUUUCUUAUGGCACGAAAGUUUGAUGUCUCCAGAGCCAUAGACCUCUUCCAGGCUUACAAGAACACCAGAAUUAAGGAGGGCAUCUACAAUAUUAACCCAAAUGAGGAGCCUUUAAGGUGUGAGUUACUAAGUGGGAAGUUCACAGUUUUGCCGGGUCGUGAUGCUAAAGGUGCAGCUUUGGCGCUAUUUACAGCGCGUCUCCAUCGACCGGAACUCACUACGCAUAAGGCUGUUCUUCAGGCCAUUAUAUAUCAGCUGGACAAGGCCAUUGAGAGUGUUCAGACACAGAGAGAUGGGCUUAUUUUCAUCUAUGAUAUGACAAACUCCACAUAUGCCAACUUUGACUAUGAGCUUUGCGUCAAGAUUUUGAAUCUGCUUAAAGGGGCUUUCCCUGCUCGUUUGAAAUGUGUCUUCAUUGUGUCGUCUCCGCUGUGGUUCAGAGCACCUUUUGCGGUACUGCGUCUGUUUGUGAGGGAAAAACUGAGAGAGAGGGUGUGCACUGUAAAAGCACACGAACUGGUCAAUCACAUCCCUGUCAGCUCCCUUCCAGAACAUUUGGGUGGCUCAUCACAGUAUAGCCACAUUGCCUGGAUCCAGUCCUGCGUCAACUCCAGCACCAAUAACUCUUCCUAUGUCACUGCCGAUUGCUUGGGCAGCUUGCUUCGCUCUUACUCCAUGGAACACGGCCAAAACACUGAGCACCUAACUGCCAACACUUCAGCCCACACAGGCGCCACCCUCCUGGGGGAUGGACUGAACUCCAACUGCCCCGUUUUGGACGAUGGCAAUGCCAACGUGCAGAAUCACAGGACAGUGGGGCAUGAACAUUGGAACGGCUCUAUACUGCCAGGUUCAGGGGGUGUCACGGGGUCAAAUGCCAAUGUUGUCAAUGGGCGUGGUCGCCAGCCACCUCCACAGUCAGAAACGCCCCCAGAUACGCCCCUGCAUCAAAAACACACAGCUGGUGCUAUAGUAGGAGGAGGAGCAGCUACAAUUACAGAAGGAGUGGUGACAUCCCUGAACAUUAGUAGACAGGAUGGCAAUGGUGCUGAGGACAGCCAACAGGAUGUUGAGUUUCUAGAAGAUGAAGUGGAUGCUGAUGGUGUUCCACCUCUCCCACUGAAAUCAAGGCCGCCGCCCCUCCAUCACAGCCCUGUGCCAGAUAUGAGCUGGUUGCCGGGAACAACAGAAACGGCAGCAUUGUCAGUGCACAUCGCUGAGCCAGGAGGAAUGAGCUUGCAGGAUCUAGUGCAGCAUGUAAAACGCAAAAAGAAGAAAGGCAUUUACCAGGAAUAUGAGGAGAUUCGCAAAGAGCCUCCUGCUGGGACAUUUGACUACUCCAAGAAACCCUCCAACCAGAUAAAGAAUCGAUACAGUGAUGUUCUUUGCCUAGACCAGUCACGGGUUCGGCUCUGUCCGCUUGAUGAUGAGGACGAUGAGACCUCUGACUACAUCAAUGCAAGUUUCAUGGAUGGUUACAAGAGAACUAAUGCUUACAUCGCUACUCAGGGGCCUUUGCCAAAAACAUUUGGGGACUUUUGGCGAAUGGUGUGGGAGCAAAUGGUUUUAAUCAUUGUUAUGACUACAAGAGUUGUAGAGCGAGGCCGAGUAAAAUGUGGACAAUACUGGCCUUUAGAAGUUGGCCGCACUGAAGAUUAUGGGUACUUUUUGGUGAGAAAUGUCCAUAUUGAGAUGUUUCAAGAUUUUAAGCUGUCACACCUGGAGCUCUUCAACACUCAGACAGGAGAAUGUCGAGAACUAUCUCAUUAUCUCUAUGUGAGCUGGCCAGAUUUUGGCGUUCCAAAGUCAGCAUCAGCCAUGUUGGAUUUCCGAGCACACGUGAAGCAGAGACAGGAGGCUGCGUUACAAACACUGUAUCCUGAUUGGACGGGACCACCAGGAGGCCCUCCAGUUGUGGUACACUGCAGUGCAGGCAUUGGUAGAACAGGAACGUUCUGUACUUUAGACAUUUGUCUUUCCCGUCUGGAGGACAUUGGGACAGUGGACGUUAAGCAGACGGUGCGUAGGAUGCGGACGCAGCGUGCUUUCAGCAUCCAGACGUGGGACCAGUACUACUUCUGCUACAAAGCAGUGAUCGAGUACGCCCAACAGAGCGGCCUACUGCAGCCCGUGGAGUGGUCCGACACAGAGCUGGAAACUGACAGCGAGUGAAUCGGGAAUAACAGAACUCGGGCGAGAGGGAGUGAGAAACACAGAAGGAAAAGAUGUCUUUUUUUCCUCUCUCCUGACGACAGGUAGACUCCAGCGCCUCCUCGAUCAUUCUUUUCUGGUGAGGAGAUAAAGAAGCGGGUUAUUUUUCCUGCCACUUUUCAAGCCAGAGAUUACAGACAGUGGCUUGGCGUACGAGUUGUAGCAUUUUUUGUUUGUUUUUAUAAAGACUGACUUGCACAUGUGGAAUGACAAACUUGAAAAAUCCAGUUAAUCGUAUUACCUGAUCUUUUUUUUUGUUACCUGCUCAAAGUAUUAACUCAUCAUGGGUGUAAUGUGACAGGAAAACGAUUUCAAGUUUUACGUCAAUUUGAGAAGCAUAAUGUGUGUUUUUGAACAGGUUCCAACAGUUGUUUUUCAUUAUUUGCGUUCUUCAUCGGUAAACUAACCUUCAAGCCAAAGGUAUGGUGUCGAAUGCUUGGAUGUAUCCGUAAGAUCGUCGUGACUUAAACCCGUGUAUAUUAUGUAACAUACAUUUAUAUGUUGUUCAUAACAGCCUUUGAAUAGCCUUGUUUUAAUAUAAAUACUCAACUUUUUUCAAAUGUAUGUGUAUCUAUAUAUAAAAAAAUAUAUAUAUAUAUUAUAAAGAAUAUAUGUAUAAGUGUAUGUUGGGCUAGAACAAUAUGAGAAGAGGUGAAAAAACUAUGCUAUAUAUAUAGUAUAUCUUGGUGACUGUUCUGGUCCUGCCGUUUUUAUUUGGAUCUCCUCUCUUUCCACGAUCUUCAACUGGCCUUAAUGCAGGGCUUCCGUUCACAAGGAAUUUGAGCAAACAAAAACCCAGUGCUCUACUAAAGAGUGAUGUGAACUGAAGGUCUGUAUCAAUUUGGUUUGGAGUCUGCUGUAACUGUUAACAAUUUGAGAUUUUCUGUGAAUGCUGCCCAGUAACCUUCAGUCACUGCCUUGCUCCCUCUAAAGUAUGAACUUUGA